AUUAAUGGUUAAUUCUUGUAGGGUGUUGCUGGGCGGGCUGGAAAUAUAAGAUGAAGCGCUAAAGCCAAGAGGACAGGUAGAGCGAGCGAGAGAGAGAGAGAGAGAGAGUAUAACGUGAAGGAAGGAGAGGGAGAGGAAGGCCAGUAUGGGGAAAGGUGGAGAACAAGGAGAAGAAGAGGGAGAAUGCGAGAAAAAGAUAACCCUUUACACGUGGGAAGAGAUUCAGAAGCACAAUAGCAGGACGGACAAGUGGCUGGUGAUCGAUAGGAAAGUAUACAACAUCACCAACUGGGCUCUAAAACAUCCGGGAGGGAUACGGGUUAUCAGUCACUAUGCCGGAGAGGAUGCCACGGAUGCAUUCCAGGCUUUCCAUCCAGAUCUUACUUUUGUCCGUAAAUUUAUGAAGCCUCUCCUUAUUGGCGAGUUAGCUCCAGGGGAGCCCAGCCAGGACCGCCAGAAAAAGCAUGAGUUGAUUGAAGAUUUUCGAGCAUUACGAAAGACAGCAGAGGAUAUGAAACUAUUUAAUACAGACCUAGUGUUUUUCUCCCUUUACCUUGCCCACCUCUUUGUCUUGGAGUUUUUAGCCUGGUUUACAUUGUCAUAUUUUGGGACUGGCUGGAUUCCAACUCUCAUUACUGCCUUAAUCCUGGCAACCUCACAGGCCCAAUCAGGCUGGCUUCAACAUGACUUUGGACAUCUGUCUGUAUUCCGGAAAACAAAAUGGAAUCACCUGCUACACAAGUUCUUGAUAGGUCACAUGAAGGGAGCAUCUGGAAACUGGUGGAAUCAUCGACACUUCCAGCACCACGCUAAACCCAACAUCUUUAAUAAAGACCCUGAUGUGAACAUGCUGAAAGUGUUUGUAUUGGGCAAUACACAACCUGUGGAGUUUGGAAAAAAGAAGAUCAAGUAUUUACCAUACAACCAUCAGCAUGAAUACUUUUUCCUCAUUGGCCCACCCCUGCUAAUUCCGGUGUAUUUCUACAUUCAGAUAAUGAUGACUAUGAUUACCCGGCGCGACUGGGUGGAUCUUGCCUGGGCAACAACGUACUACAUCCGCUACUUCAACACCUACAUCCCCUUCUAUGGAUUUUUUGGUUCCAUUCUCUUCGUUCUUUUUGUCAGGUUCAUUGAGAGCCAUUGGUUUGUGUGGGUGACCCAGAUGAACCAUAUUCCAAUGGAGAUUGAUAAUGAAAAGUACAAGGACUGGCUCACUAUGCAGUUGGACUCCACAUGUAAUAUUGAACAAUCCUUCUUCAAUGACUGGUUCAGUGGUCAUCUCAACUUCCAGAUUGAGCACCAUCUUUUCCCCACCAUGCCUCGUCAUAACUACUACAAGAUUGCACCUUUAGUGAAAUCGCUAUGUGACAAACAUGGACUGAACUACCAGGUGAAGCCUUUGUCGCAGGGCUUCAAGGAUAUUAUAGGGUCCCUGAAGAAGUCUGGCGAUCUAUGGUUAGACGCAUAUCUCCACAAAUGAGGCUGCUCCAACAAUCUGCUUCCCUCUCUUAUCUCUCUCUGAAUUCCAGUACUGCUUUGGAAUUCCAGUUUCUUUUGGAGUCUGUGUGCAUCUGAGCAUGACCUGACGACAGAUCCAAUCGUCAAUUGAAGGCUGGUGAAGAGCACCUUGAAUCAAAUAGCUCUUUUCCCCCACACCCUGUCCUAUUCCCAUUCAGGCCUUGGCAAACAUUCGACGUAAAUGGAGUGGACUCCAUUUUAAUUAGACAAGAGACAAACACCUUGGCUUGAUUUUAUUUCAUUUUUUUUGUGUCAACAGACACAGUCCUUAGUGCUGUGACACCAUUGUUGUGUUCUGCUAAGUUGUGCAAAGGGGAGUUACAGCAAUAGCUGAGUGAACAUUUAAUUUUCAGUUCAAGAUAUGUCUGAUGUGGUUUGCUGCAGCCACUACCAUUUAUUGGAGGGGUCGUCAAGGAGAAAGGGCAAUGAGAGUAGUUAAAGCAACCAUUUCACCUGUUCCUUAUCUAACUGAGUCAUGGGAUAUGCUCGGGACUGAGGUAGAUAGAUUUUUGAACACAGAGGAGUCGAGGUUUAUGGGAAUCAGGCAGGAAAAUGGAGCUGAGACAAGAAUGGAUCAGCCGUGAUCUUAUUGAAUGGUGGAGCUGACCCCAGGGGCUGUGAGGCCUGCUUCUGCUCCCAUUUCUUAUGUUCUUAACCCUGGUUGGGAUAAUUUACUUAACCAACUCAUUUGAGUAAAAUGGAGUUGAAAUAGUGUAGACACCCUGAUGACAGGAAGGAUUUGAAAAUCUGUUUCUUUCUGAUUCAUCAAUUUUUCAAAGGCAGCAGUGGGAGAACCACUUAGGCUGAGGCUGGGCUGAUUGUAACCACGCCCCCCCCCCAACCCCCGUGCAGAGUAGAGCCUUGCAACCAGGCAGAAUCCACGUUCAAAACCGCAGCUCACGGAUUUCUGCCAAGGUGGCACUCAGAUCCUGUAGUCACCAGUAGGGACCAUAGCACAGUGAUCAGAACCCAGGCUGAUUUAUCAUGCUGCAGGUGUCUCGGUAAAUUGACUAGGGGAAAUGCUGGCCGGUGUUUUAUCCCCAUUGCCAAAUGUACUUUGGUGGAUGAGGCCAAGGAGACAAUGAGACCUUGCAUUGAUAAUGCCUCUGACAAAGAGCUUGCAUUAAUUAGGCAAUCUAGAAUGGCAUCUUAGCAAGACACCAUGGAACUUGUACUCCCAACAGAUGGCAGCAGGGGAAUUUAAGUUCGAGUACUUAAAUCUGGAGCAAAGAAAUUAACCUCAGUAAUGGUAACCAUGAAACCACUGGAUUGUCAUAAAACCCCAUCUGGUUCCCUAUUAUACUUCAGGAAUGGAAACCUACAAACCUUAUCCAGUUUAGCCUAUUAUCUGACUCUAGAUCUACCAAUAUACACUGACUUAACUAACCUCGUUUCAGGGGCAAAACAGGGUGAAUGAUGUUUUCCUUUCCAGCUACCUCCAUAUGCCUUGGACGAGUAAAAAAAAAACUCCAUGUAAGUAACUGGAGGCAGGGGAGUAAUUUGUUGCCACCCCUAAUCCAUGUUCCCAACUGUCUCCCACCACCAUUGCCACCUACCCCACCCCACAUACACCAACAAAACCCCGGAAGCAGAGAACUAAAAAAAAAUGUUAUGUAUGCAUUUGGUGAUUCUGAAAGUGAAUAAAAUCAAGCCCUGAGAAUUUGGGUUAAAAAAAGAGAAAAUAUUAAACAUUCUCAAAAGUAGACCUGAGGAAUGAUUGGUUCUGUAGCAGUUUAGAGGUGAUUUGCAAAAAUUGUCUCUGUGUCGUUUUGGAGCAGAUUGUACACCUAAGAUAUUGAUCCAAGCCGCCAUUGACCCUUUUCUUGCUAAGCACUAUUUCUGCUUACUGUAACCAUGAUCAGUAGGUUCCCCACUUCUUUGAUUGUCAUGUAUCCCUUGACCUGGUCUGUCAUCCUCUGAAGCAAAGAUUCCCUUCACCCAUGUCUCUGUUCACAAUCUGUACAAACCAGGAGCACAAUGACAUUGUUGUUUUUAAUAAACCGACUAAUUCUGGUUUUUGCCAUGAUGCUGGAUCAAGUAAUUGCUGAUCCCUUUAAAUUCA